AAACCUCUUCCGAAAUGAAAACCUCAAGCUUCCCUCUCCCAAAAUCUCUCCUCCUCAUCUCCAUUCUCACCCUCCUCUCCAACCCUUCAUAUCAAGCGACUCCCCCGCCGCCAUCGCCGCCGCCGCCGCCAUUUCUCCCCAACCCGAGGCUUCUCAAGGCCUACACUGCUCUCCAAGCUUGGAAACAUGCCAUCACUGCCGACCCAAACAACUUCACCGCUGACUGGUACGGCCCCAACGUAUGCAACUACUCCGGCAUUUUCUGUGCCUCCGCUCCCGACGACCCCUAUAUCCUCACCGUCGCCGGGAUCGACCUCAACCAUGCCAACCUGUCGGGCACCCUACCCGACGACCUCGGCCUCCUGACCGACCUUGCUCUGUUCCACAUCAACUCCAAUCGCUUCUGCGGUACUGUCCCCGAGUCCUUCCGGUGCCUCACUCGCCUAUUCGAGCUCGAUCUCAGCAACAAUGGCUUCUCCGGCGAAUUCCCUUCUGCAAUUCUCUCUCUUGCUGCUCUCAAAUUCCUCGAUAUUCGAUUCAACAAAUUCCAUGGGGAUCUCCCUUCUCCCCUGUUUGACAUGAAACUCGAUGCUCUGUUCAUCAAUAAUAACGAUUUCAAAUUCUCCUUACCGGAAAACAUCGGCAAUUCCCCUGUUUCUGUUCUGGUUUUUGCUAAUAACAACAUCAAUGGCUGCCUCCCUUCCAGUUUAUCCAACAUGAACAAUACACUCAAUGAAAUUAUAAUCACGAAUAGUGGGUUGAAUGGGUGUUUGCCGCCGGAAUUUGGGUCGUUGAGCAAUCUCGUCGUCUUCGAUGUCAGUGACAACAAUCUUGUCGGACCACUGCCGGAGACGAUGGCCGGAAUGAAGAAAUUGGAGCAGCUAAAUGUCGCACAUAACCAAUUAUCCGGUGAAAUUCCGGCAAGUAUUUGCUCGUUGCCAAAAUUGCAGAAUUUCACGUACUCGUAUAAUUUCUUCUGCGGUGAGCCGUCAGUGUGCCUGAAACUUCAGGCCAGCGAUGACCAGAAAAAUUGUUUGCCGGAAAGGCCACUGCAACGUUCGCCGGAGGAAUGUAAAGCUUUCUACUCUUACUCUGUUGACUGCGGCGUCUUUGGUUGUACUCAUCGGCCGCCCCCGCCGCCACCUCCUCCUCCUCCGCCCCCGCCUCCGCCUCCACCUCCGCCACCGCCACCUCCACCUCCGCCGCCGCCACCGCCACCACCGUAUUAUCAGUAUCCAUAG